AUGAGAAGAGGAUAUAAAACACUUAACUGGACAAGAAUUGCAUUUGAAAUUGAAAAAGAUGAACAAGGUCAUUCUAAACUUUUAGCGGAAGGAGGUUUUAAAUUCUUAACCGAGAUUGCUAAUACUAAAUUGGUUGAUAAUGAUUAUAGUGUUGUAAAAUGCCAUGGUAUUUCCCAAGACCCGGUAACUAAAAAUUAUCUGAUGGUAAUGGAAUAUAUGGAAGGCGGCAAUUUAAGACAAAUUUUACAAAAUAAGAAUAAGGAAUUAAGUUUGGAAGAUAAAAUUAAUAAGUUACAAUAUAUUGCCGAGGGAUUAGAAAAAAUUCACGACCAAAACUUAGUUCACCGAGAUUUCCAUAGUGGGAAUAUAGUAGGAUUUAGUAUCACCGACCUCGACUAUUAUAAUGGAAGAGUUGAAGAGGGCACUCCUUUCUAUCAACAAUACCAAGCCCUAGUAGGAGAAUACCACACUUUCUCCCAAAAUACUCCUUAUCAAAUCCAUCCGACUGCCAUUACUACUAGCAGAAUGAUAGAUACUAAACAAAUUGUGCAAUUACUCCAAGAUCCUACUAAACAACAAGAGGCUUUAGAACUAGAACUAAAAAAACUAGAAAACGAAAUAAAUAAGUCAUUUACUGAUGAAUUAAAAGAAUUAGUAAGCAAUUUCAUCCAGGUUAUGAAAAAAAUGAAAAAAGAUAAGAAAGAUAAAGAAGCAAGAAAUAAAGUCAAAGAAUUAGACAAAAAAUUACGAGAAAAAGAUAUCACAAAAGAAAAAAUUCAAGUCAUUAUUAAUUAUUGUGAAAGAUUUAUCAAAUCAGAACAGGAAUUAGAACAAGAACAAUUCCAAGCCAAUAUCAAAAUACCCACUAACAAGUAA